AUUUAGUCUACCUGCGAGGCUCGCAUUGUUGAAGUGUUCGUGCACGCUCUUCACGGUUUUUUAAGGACAAAAACACCAUCCUCGAGACUUAAUAGGAGUGCCCAACAGUCUGGUAGAAUCCCAACCAAACCUGUUAAUUCUCUUUGGUUGCUCAGUGGUAUUUAUAGAAAAAAACACUGAGUGGGUGAUUUUAAAAAGGAUUUAAAUUACAGUUAGAAAAUGAAGCACAAAGCCCUUCUAAUUUUGCUAACCCUAUCAAUUUACCACCAAAUCGAAUCAAAAUACGUUCACAACGAAUGUAGAUCAAAAAAACUCGAAAAAUGUUACUGCGGGGACACAUUUUACUUAGAACGCAUCUAUUUCUUAGUAAAUUGUACCGGACAAGGUUUUAGAGACCCCAGCAUGCUUCAAGAAUUACCCCCAGACACCGAAGCUUUAAUAUUUUCUGGUCACAACAUCGAAACGUUGCCCGCAAAUAUUUUCGGGGAAAAUAUGAAUUUAACAAAGUUAAAAGCAAUCGAUAUGAGUAAUAAUCGGAUAAAAAAUAUCAAAGGAAAAACAUUCCACCACAUCCCCAACGUGGAAUUAUUAAUUUUAAAUCAUAACGAAAUAAUAAUAAACGAUGAUUACAACGAUUACGAUGAUACAAUUUAUCAUCACCCGAGGGUUUUCUCAAAUUUCAUUAAUUUACAAGAAUUGCAUUUAACGAAUGCGUUUAAAGACAACACCGAUGAGCAAUUAGCGAACGAUUUACACGAUAUUUUCGUUAAAAGUAAUUUAACGAAACUUUAUAAAUUACAUUUAGAACAAAAUGAAAUAAAAAGAUUUAAAGAUGAUAAAGUUUUUUGUAAUUUACCAUCGCUUAAGCAAUUAUAUUUAGGAACAAACGAUUUGCAACACAUUAAUUUCGAUUUGAAAUGUUUGAAUUUGCAAUUUUUGGAUUUAGAGAAUAAUAAGAUUACUCAAUUAUCGAAGAAAGAUUUGGCAUCGUUCGAUCGAUCAGGAAAGAGUUUGACCGUUGAUAUUCGUGGAAAUCCGUUAAAAUGUAGCCAAGCCGCUGAUCUUUAUAAUUGGAUGAAUCGCACGAACGUUAAUAUAAGAUACAAAGAACAAUUGGAGUGUGAUUUAAAAAGUACAUCGGGAAAACGUUUCGUUGUUAAUAUGAAAGAAUUAGCUGAAGUGAAACAUGCAAAAUUUUCUAAAGCCGUUACGGUUUUAUUAGUCGUUUUAGUUUUGGUUUUAAUAUCGUUGUUAGGGGCUUAUGGAUACAUGCAUCGAGAUAAAAUCGGGAUGAGAAUGGCACCAAUUUUAGAUACUGUUUCAAGAAAAGUUCAAUACACAACUAUUGACUCACAAAUUGUUUAAAAAAAGAUUAUAUAAACAUAAAUCGGUGCUAAAAGAUAUACGUAUACAUAAAUGACUGAAUGUGUUCUCAGACAGUUUGACCUAAUAAAAGAACUAUUUUUUUAAAUAUAAGAGUUUAUAAUAAGAUUAACUGUGAUUCCAACAGUAAAUUAAAAUUUGUCCUAUUGUUUUUUUAAUGAAUUUUAUACCUGCACUGUUUUUUUUAAUAAGAUAGGUUAAGUUAUUGGUUACGUAAUAAUUGUACAUAAUAAUCUUUUUAUUAAUAAAAAUAAAAACACUUUUAUUUUU